GAGAGACACAGAAGCGAGGAGAGACAGAGUGAAAGAGCGAGAGAAAGAGAGAGAGAUCGCGAGGGGGUAGCACGGACAGAAUGAGCGAGGCGUGAGAGAGGAAAACGACAGCGGCAAGACAAUGUCCCAGCCCGCGUGCCGUUCCGCGCUCCCGUCAGCCGACGGCUCCGUCUCCAACUCCACCGCGGCGGACCCGCGCGGAGCGGCGCACGGGGUGAGCCUGCUCUUCUUCUCGGCCACGCUGCUCCUGGUGGCCGCCGUGCUGGCCGGCAGCCUCUACUCGGUGUCGCGGCUGCUGCAGAUGCCCCGGCGGGGCGUGCUGGAGGCACUGGUGCUGUGCCUCUGCGUGGACGAGCUGCUGGGCGCGCUGCCCGCGGCGCUCUUCCUCUACGUGCACGCGUCCGGCGGGGACGUGUCUCCCGCCGUGUGCGCGCUCUCGGGGUUCCUCUACGAGUUCGUGUGCCUCGCCGGAGCCCUCAAGGCGGCGGCGAUCGUGCUGCACAACGUGUGCGGACCCAGGAGGUCGGCCAAGGGACGUGGAGGUGGAGGCGGCGGCGGCGGCGCUUAUUCGGCGUCCUCUCUAUCCUCGUCUCUGUCCUCGCCUCCCAAGGCGCGGUCGUCGCCCGCGAGGAGAAAGGCGCUGUGGACCGUGCUGUGCACGUGGGGGGUAUCCCUACUACUCAGCGUGCUGCCUCUGUGCGGCUGGGAUAGGUUCGAGCCCAGGACUUGGGGCUGCUUUUUGCCGGACUCUUCCUCGCACGGCCUCUUCGUGUGCGUGCUCUUCGUGGCCCUGCUGUGCGCGCUCACCGCGCUCUCGCUGCCCGCGCUCUACAAGCUCUUCUGCCGUCCCGGAGAGCGCACGCUGUCGCUCAGCGCCACGUCCAACUACUACACCAUCGAGGACACGGGCGUGUACCACAGCACGGUGACUGCGCUGGCCGACGAGAGGAUGGUGGAGGGUAAGGCGGCUGCUGCUGCUGCGGCGGCGGCAGGGGCCAGGUCGACCGGCCCGGCCGCUGCUACCACGGACAGCUCCAGCAAGGACGCGUCCAACUCGGUACUCAUAAACAACGCGGCCGCCUGCGCCAGGACUCCCUACGUUGGCAUGGCCGUGGCUCAAAAGAGAUUUGCGCUCCUGAUAACCUUCGCCAAGCUGUUCCUGUGGCUGCCCAUGAUGAUUCACCUGGCGCUGCAGUUCAGCACAGGCCGACCGAGCCCGUCCUCCGAGGAGCUCAGCUUCAUCCUCUCGCUGUUCGCCAUGCUCCUGUCGCCCCUGCUCAUCCUGUCCCGCAAGUGGUUGCACCUGCCGUGCGGCUGCAUCAUCAACUGCCAACGCAACACCUACGCGAUGAACCCGGAGCUCGACAAGGCAGGGCAGAGCGUGGCGCUGGGCAUCGACCUCUCCUUCCACAAGGGUUACGAGAUGUACCGAGCCGACCACAUCUCUCCCAAGAAGUACUUCUUCAACAACGACAAGGUCAACAUCCUGCCCAACCAAUCGGCCAAGGACUCGGAGCAUGCCAGCUGCGGCGUCGGGGGCAUCGGCGGCGUCGGCGUCGGCACCGGCACGGGAACCGCCGUGCCACUCCGGUCCCAGCCGUACUCGUCGGCCCGGGUGGAGGUGGCCUCGGUGCCAAAGUCGCAGGUGGUGAACGCCGAGGUGUCGCCGCCGCGCUACGCCCAGCCGUGCGACUUCCGCGACGAGGUGUCGGCGAUGUUCGGCGGGCAGACGCAGAAACGCUUCGGGGCCAGGGAGGGCCGCCGCUCCGAGAGCGGGGCCGACGGCCUCCACGGGGACCGGACCACGCGCAGCGGCCUCUACCUGCACGACGGCCUCCACUCGGACGGCCUCGAGUGGGAGUGGUGCCGCAGCAAGUCGGAGCGCACGCCGCGACAGCGUCUGGGCGGCCUCUCGACUCCGCUCUGCGCCAUCCAAGGCACCGUGUCGCUGCAGUCGCCCACCGGCAAGACGCUGUCGCUCUCCACCUAUGAGAUCAGCGGCGACGGCAAGCAAGCGCUGCCCGUGCCCCGCAAGGUGGAGGUCUACCGCUCCAAGAGCGUCGGGCACCAGCCCAGCUCGGAGGGGGGCUGCGGCGGCGGCGGCGGCGGCGGCGGCCUCGGCGACACCAACGUGAAGAUCCACCUGGAGGUGCUGGAGAUCUGCGACAACGGCGACAAGAUGGACACGGUGUCCAUCGUGAGCAACAUCAGCCAGUCGUCGACGCGCGCGCGCUCGCCCUCGCUGCGCUACUCUCGCAAGGAGAACCGCUUCGUGUCGGUGGACCUGGACGAGAGCGCCUCCUACUCGCUCUUCAUCCCCUCCAACAGCCCCGAGAGCGACAUCAACAUCACCAUCCCCGACACGGUGGAGGCGCACCGGCAGAACAGCCGCAAGGAACGGCCGGACGACGGCGGCGGCUACAAGGAGGAGAUCCAGCUGCUGAACCAGGUGUACCGUGAGCGGGAGAAGGGCGACAGCGCCACUGCCGCCGCCACUUAGCCGAGUUUCGUCGUCUUCUUCCUCCGCCGUCCGUGUGGUGGCGGUGGUUGUUUUAUUUUGUUGGCUUUUCAAACUCAAGUUUUGUUGUUGUUGUUGUCGUCGUCGUCAUGAGAACUAGACGCGAGGGUUGUUGAGCUAUGUGGAUGGCGCUGCACUCGGCGGUCGUAGAAGCUGUACGCGUCUUGAGUUUUUAUAUUAUCACGAUUGUUUACUAUCGUUCAGCAUGUCGGUGUCGCUGCAGCUCAUCGUGCGUGUCGAAAGACGUCGGGGAAAUGAAGGGAAUGGAUUCGAAAAAAAGAAAAAAAACCUGCCCGGAGAGUCCCGAGUGUCAUUUAGUCCGCGAGGCACUUUGUGUAAGGCGCAUCUCCGCUGGGCAGCGCCGAGACAGCGGGAGAGAAAGUCCACGUGUGCUAUGGUAGAGGGACAAGUCUCUCCGCAGGCCAACAGGUGAAGAUCACUUCACCCAUUUUUAUCCACUGCAGAGAAUCGAUGGAUUGGACUGGAACUCACAGCAUUUUCCAACCGAGAGUCGGACGAUUGGGCAUCGCGGUUAGAACGCUGCGCGUAUUAACGCGACCGUGAUGGGCGCGGAGCGUGGAAGUGGCCGGGGCCACGGACAUUUGAGAGAGAGAGAGGAACGCUGCUGCUUUGAGCUCCGAAUAAAACAAAAGGAGAGAGAAAAAAAAGCACAAUCGGUGGCUGUUCUAUUGACACGCGGCCGCAACGCUGCUGCCAGCGAAGGCAGCGGAGUAACCCCGAACGACGCAAUCAGCCUUAAGUGCUUACGUUUGCAAGUGAUGCAAAAUGAUCGCAUAGGGUCCACGGCCUUACAAGCAACGGUGAAGGCGACGGUCAACACAUAACGCCGGUUUCGAACCUUUGUAAUCAUGAAUACGAAGACAACUGCAUUUUAAUAUUUUAGAAGAAAAAUAGCGUUCGUUAUUUUACAACUCUUGAGUCUUAAACAAAAGUUCACAACGAAUGUCCGUGACGUUGGGGAGGUAACAUUACCCCCCCCCCCCCCGGUUAUUUUAUUUGAUAUGGAAUGAGUUCAAACAGAGCUCUGGGCAUGCAGCUCCAUUGACAUGUUGUCUACUUGUCAAAGGCGAAAGGAACAGUUAGGCGUAUUCUAUGUCACUUUAUCUUUUUGCAAGGCAGUGUAUGCUAACAAACAAAGAUAAAGAUCCCCCCUAGUAUAGCCUUUACAGACUGUUGGGCAAGUGCUCUAUGUGAGCACCUAUGAAGGACGGUAUGGCACACGAGGGGUGGGUGGCCAGCACCACGCCCGACCGCCUUUGUCUCCCCAGUAGCGAUGUUUUUACACAUCGCACCAGGUACUCAAUUUAGGCUAAAUCGACCUAUGGGAGACUCGGGACCGGUUCAGAUAAUCGUCACUGCUGGUAUUGGCCGUGAGCGAGAAUUAAAUUUGGGUCGCUGGGUUUGUAGCGCAGUGCACUAACCACUAUACCAACUAAAUACCAACACACACUCCGUGAUUCACAGUUCCACAUGUUUAAGUGAGAGGAUGUGUCAUCAGCACUCAGAAUAAACUGCCCCUCUAGAGCGGGUUCUUUUGUCAGCAUGUUUAAUGGGCAAUUUACUUUUUAAUGAGCAGUUAUUUUUUCUCUCUCUCUCUCUACUUUUCCAAAAGUAAAUUCUUGCACAAAAGGAGCUAACGCAAACGCAUGCACAGAUGAUCCAUGAUGAUAAACGGAACUGUUUCAGGUUCAUCGUAAAGUCGACAGAAGAUCCUUGAGCCCAUCACAGGCUGACCUUGCAUCGACUGUGCACGAUCUGCACGCAUUGUACAUCCCCGCACGUAAAACUGUGCACGUUUGUAAUUUUUUCAUUUCAAGUUGUCGUUGUUGUUUAUAAACUUGCACGCAGGGCAGAUGACCGCAAAGCGCCAUCAUCAUCAUGAUCAGCAGCAGCAGCCACGAUAUAUUAAUGCUGAAAGGCCUUCACCCCCAAAGCCACCGCCCUAUCCCAUGACAGCUCCAGCACAUCGCGUAAUGCCAUUGCUCCAUCUCCGCAGCUGAUGUACUUUAUCGGGCGUUAUUCCGUCCCUUGGCUGCCACUCAGGCAUUAGUCUCAACCACCGACUGUGAUCCAUUCUCGCGAUGUGCCCUGCCCAAUGCAACCAUCUCUCUUUUUUUCUCUUCUUGGUUCUUUCCUGAAGACGGCUACUUGCGUUGUGGUCGAAACGUCUUCACCUGAAGACGGCUACUUGCGUUGUGGCCGAAACGUCGUGAGAAUUAUUUUAUGUUUUAUUUUUAUUAUUUUAUUACUUCCCUUCUACGUGACUUUACCGAAAGAACCAAGAAGAUGAAUCCCUGCAGUCACGAAAGCUUUAAAUCGAAAUUCAUCUCUCUUUUCUUCACAGUCAACGCGAUGCCUCCAACUUGCCAAUGUUCUCUAAUCCACAUGUCCCUCUUUCUGCCUCAGAGUUCAAUUCCGAGCAUUCACCUCUCCCAAGCAUCUUUGGACACUUUUCAGGUGUUGUGUUCCAUUUUCUCCGUCAAUGUUAUGGAUCCAUUUGACGUGGCAGGUAUUACGCACUGAUUUAUAACCAUUGCGGUUUUCUUGUCCUAGGUCACCAUCGAAAUAAAUUUGACCAAAUGUGAAUGACUGACAGGCAACAGUGAGACAGAGUGUGCACCGGUUUUGCCAAUGUUAGGACUCAUCAGCACAGUACAAUCAUCCAUGCUCACUGCUGCAGUGUCUGCCUCUGGAGACCAGGUAGCUUGGCUAAUGCCAACAAUAAUCACGUAUGCAAAUGGAGAGAACACCCCAUCAUGAAAUAAUUAUCGAAGGUGUUUUUCAAACUCGGAUCGGGGACACAAAGGCAUGAAUAUAAAUGGAGAAAACAUUCACCGCCGUAAAGCUUUCGUGACUGCAGGGAUUCAUCUUCUUGGUUCUUUCGGUAAAGUGACUUUACCGAAAGAACCAAGAAGAUUCACCGCCGUCUCGUAUUUUUUCACAACAUAGUCAUGACAAUGUUCAACGGGGUCAUCCACUACCGCGUUUAGUUACUUACGAAGCCAAUCACGAGUUGAAGGGAGAUCGUCCAGAAGUUCUGGCAGGCCUCUCCGUAGGACAACCACUGUUGACUUUUCCACGCAAUGGUUUUUAUUUCAUGGAUCCUGAAGGGAUGAUGGGUUGCAUCAACCCCUAAACCAGGACUUGAACGCGUAACCUUCUGAUCGCGAGCCACUGACAAACCUUGGGAGAAAUUGAUAACAAGGCAACUGUAAUUGGCAGUAGUGCACAAGCACAAAUUAAAACAUCGACUCACCUUUCGAUUUAAAGCUUUCAUGGCUGCAGGG